UAGAUAUGACUGGUUUUCUAAUUAAAAACAAUUUAGGAAUUUUCAAUCGUCAUCGCGGAUAUAUAUUACCUUCUAACAAACAUUUCUCAGCAUGGAUCAUAUUCCUCGUCUAUCAGAAGUCCUGUACGUGGGUCUCUGUCGUACGUUAGGGACACCAACGGAAGUAGCCAUCAGAAGGGACGUGAGGGAUAUGGUAGAGUUGAUACAGAAACCCUUGGACACUGAAUUGCGUCGAAUGUGGAGCGGUAGUUAUAGGGAGGGGUUCCGAUUGGAGUCUUCCGAUCGAGAUAUCAUGUACUGGAGUCAAUAUCAUAAAAUGAUAAGCGAAAUUUCUCAGACAAACAUUUACGACGCAUCAAAACAUACUAUUAUUUUAAUGGAGGAUACGGGUGUUCCACCUGGAUUUGUCAGAUUGCAAAUUCUAACACCGCCAAGAGACAAUUUAAGCACAUUAGCAUGCGUCUCCUUCAGUGACAAAUAUUAUCUUUCAAAUUUGCUAUGGAGAGAAAAGUGGUUGCAGGUAUAUAAAAACAUCAAGGCUUUUCAAAAUGUCGACGGACAUGGCCCAUGUACCACUGGCUUUUUUGCAGAAAUUGAAUUUGAUUAUGCUCUUUGUUUAACUAGCACACACUGGCCAAAAACAGCACUUUUCUGGAUAGAGCGUUCACUUAAAUACAUCUGGCCUCCAGCAUACGUGCUUGAAGAAAUUCAGAGGAAUCGCUUCCACUGUGUUCCUAUCGGGAGUAAUAUUCCAUCUUCCUACAAUGAAAUAGAGUGGAGAUUGUCGUUUUCUCGAGCAGAGCAGAAAUUAGUUUAUACCAUGAAUCAUACCCAAUUUUUAUGUUAUGGACUUCUGAAAUUAUUCCUGAAAGAAGUCAUCAAUUACAGAACCGAAGAACCAUUACUGUGUUCAUAUCACAUCAAAACUACGCUGUUCUGGGUUAUACAGUUAGGAUCUAUUCAAUGGCACCCAAACAAUUUACUGCAUUGUGUAUGGAAAUGUUUGAAAUAUCUUAUUCACUGUGUAUAUCAUGGUACGUUUUCCAAUUUUUUUAUUCCUGAAAAUAACAUGUUUACCAAUAAAGUAGUUGGAGACGCGCGUAACUGUCUAUUCGAACAACUAAAUAAGUAUUACCAACUGGGCGUUUCUUGUCUUCUACUUAGCCCAUCUCUCAGUUCAAUCUUAGAAAAGGCUCUUAGAAUCCCGUCAUAUGUAAUACCUUUUGUCAAUGGACAUUUGCAGUCUGCUGAGGAGAUAGACAUGCGUGUUGCAUGUGAGGUUUUGCCUAAUUCAUUUGAAGCUAACGAAUUUAAUACAUAUUAUCUGUACUUGAAAUCAAUAGAAUCCUUUUUACAAUUUUCAUUUUCACCCUAUCAAACACUUACCCAACAGAUUUGUAUAGCUCAGACUCUGGUUUAUAUGGCGUUCCAUAUGGCAAAUAAUUCUUCCUGUUGCACUCAUAGGGACUUGUAUGCUUUAGAUAGAAGUCUUUGUAACAUGCUGAAACUGGCAGGAAAAAUAGGUACAGUGUCUGAUUCAUUGUUUCUAGCUUUGUAUUACUAUAGAAUGGGUAGGUAUAAUAAAGCAAGACACCUUAAUAACAUCAUUAGAAAAAGGAUUUCACAACCCUUUAUCAUUUAUUUUUGGCUUAUUGACCGACGCAUAUAUGAAAUUGUGUGUAACAUGUCUCUCUCUAGUCGGAUGAAAAUAGCAUGGGCGGGGAAUCUGCAAUUUGGGUUACGUGUCCCAGUUAUCCAGGAAUUAAUGUUAGAACAACAAGUAUCCGAGCAGAAUGGAGGGGUUAUUUUAACUUUAUCACCAUUCCUCCUGAUAGAAAUGCUGUCCAUAUUGACUAAUUACAGACUUGGGAACAAAUCUCAGUGUCUACAGUCACUAAUAGACUUAAAGACACUGCUUUUGUAUGAUGAUGGGAGAUAUGUGCCUCUCAGUCAAAGAGACAUAUCCUGGGAAAUACUGGGGAUCUGUCAACACGUUGUUGGGGACUUAUAUGGAGCGUUGCAGUCUUAUCAAGAGUCACUUAAACAGAAGCCUAUGCACAAAAUUCAGAAAGCUUCAGAAGCCAGAAUAAGACAUAUUGAAAGCCAACUUGUACAAAACACAGGACUUAACGAGUAAUUUGUACAAUUUUGUGUCUUAAAGACGAUUUUAUCCAUAAGAACUAUUGAAAUCAAAUAUGAUAAGAGAGUAAAUGUUGACACUUUAAAGCAGUAAAAAUAUUGACUUGUAACCAUCUUCAUCUUUGCUUAUUCUUUAGAUCAAUCGUUUAUUUGCACAUUUUUAAAAAGUUAAUCCCCAAAUACAGUUUUAAUUAUGUUUAAAGAGGGUUAAAAUAUGUUGUAAUUAAAUUAUAUAUUUAUUACAACUGGGUGCUUUCUGUUUGCCAUAAAACAUUUUCUCAUCAAAAUCAUACAUUUGAUUUCUAGUAAUAGUGGCAUCGUAAAUACAGAUUUGACCAUGUUUAUUUUGUAAACUAUGAGACUUUCUAUAUUUUACGAAUAAAUCAA